UGGGACAACACUGUCUCCCAGGCAAGCGAGGGCUCUGAACAGGAACCUACCAACCAAGCAUCUCCGCCGAACACCGAGGUCAGCCUCAACAACCAUCCCGUCCCGUCUCGUUCCUCAAGUGAUCAUGCGCAUUCCACUUUGAUGAACCAAUUCCCAGCCUCCCCCCCCUGGCCCUUCCAUUCUAGAUUGUCAAUUUCCAUCCGACGCCACCAACACCCAGCGCUAGCCACACCAAGAAAGCUUAUUUUGCUUCCUCGUGUCGGUGCCAUCCAUCACCCUGUCAUCCAUCCGGCAUACAUCCGGCAGCAUCGCGUCACGCAUCCAUGAGUCCAGCACAGGGGCACCAGCAGCUGUAGCACCACCCUGACCUCACAUCCGCCUUCGUCCGUCGGUCGCAAACUGCCAACUGCAAUUUCGACGCGCCAUCACAUCUCGACAAAACCUUGUGACGAGCCCACCUUUGCAUGGAGGGAGAGCCUCUCUGAUCCAUGGCCCCUCCCUCGGGCCUCCACCAAACCGCCCUAUCCUCCGACUUCGAGACCCCGUUCCCGCCCCUCGUCCGAUCGUCUACCGCGCCCGUCGCUUUCAAGUCGCAUCGCGCCGAUCCCUCCCAUCUGGCCCCCGAAGAUGCCUACUCCCCCGUGUCCCCGCCGCGCCGAACCAGUCUCUACAAUGUAGACGGCAGUGGCAGCGGCAGCGGCACCAACGCGCCCAAUGGCUCCGCGAACGAGCUACGUCCGAGGCUUAUCAGGCGCAAAGAGGGCAGCAGGAGCAGGAGCAGGAGGAGGCAGAGACGCUUCCAGAAGCUGCUUUGGGUGAAGCAGUCAUAUCCCGACAACUACACCGACCAGGCCACCUUUCUCGAGAAGCUCCAGCGCAACCCGCGCGUCAAGCCGUACGACUUUUGGCCUCUCGUUGCCGACUCGACCGUCAUUGUCCAACAAGUAUGCUCCGUCAUCAUCUUCGUUGUCUGCUUCGUCGGCAUCUUCCAAGAGCGUGUCAGCCCCGUGUCUGUGGUAGGCUUCGGCAGCUUUGCGACCUUCAUCGGCUGGCUACUAUGGGAUUGGUGGGUUGGGGAGGAGAGUCUGGGAGCGCAACGCGCAAUGGAUGGGACUACUACACAUUCACAUAGAGGGCGAGACCCUCGUCCCGUACGGCAUCAGGACUCUUGUGGUGGUCCAACUCGGAACGCGAGCAUCGUAAGUCUUCCGGGAGCCGGAGCGGGAGCGGGGACGGGGACGGGAGCAGCGACGUCGACACCAGCGUCUGCCCUGCCUUCAGCUGCGCCGUCCCCGCGUCUUGAUCAACAUCUACACAUCCCCCGCUUCAGCGUCGGUCCAGCCGACUCGCGCUCCGCAAGCAUCGAGCCAUCUACUGCCGCGGCCUCCCCUGCCGGCUCGCGGGCCCAAUCGGUCGCCGACUUCCACGAAGCCCACUACGGCCACCACCGACAACGGUCCUCGAUUUCCUCCCCCAUCCGCGGCGGCGGUGUUCUUCCUGGAAAUAGCCGCCUCCAGCUCCGUCUAUCCACCAUCAAAUCCGCCGUCCUCAUCUACUUCACCCUCUUGGGCCUCUCUCCCAUCCUGAAGUCGUUGACACGCUCAACCUCCUCCGACUCCAUCUGGGCCAUGUCCUUCUGGCUGCUUGCCAUCAACAUCUUCUUUUUCGACUACUCCAUCAACAACAACCCCUUCACACAAGCAACCAUCACCAACCCUCAUUCCAACCAAACCGGCGGUAUCGUAACCGGAGGCUCGACCCCAGCGCCAGCCGGAGCCGCAUUGAGAGCCGGAGUCGGAGCCGGAACCGGAGCCGCAACGCCCCUUAUCCCAACUUUGACCUCGACCUCCCCUCCCACAAGCGGCACUUCCACGCCUGCCACCAACGCCGGCACCGGCACCGGUGGCACCAGCUCGAGGCAGCCCGUCCCCGGUACUUCUUCUUCUUCCACCCCCACCGCCGUCCCCACCACCGCAACAGGCGGCACAACCACCCCCAUUCCAGCGCAGCACAAGUUCCCCAUCGCCUCUCUCUCCACCAACGCCGCCCUGAUGGCCUCGACCGUGCUCGCCUCUCGCCUACCGUCCACCGGCCAAGUCUUCUCCCUAACCUUGUUCUCCAUCGAAGUCUUUGGUCUCUUCCCCGUCUUCCGUCGGUACGCUCGCCACCGUUCGUUUCGGUACCAUGUCAUCUUGACUGUCCUUCUCUUGCUGGGAGCAGGAGCCGGAGUGGGCAUUAUUAUCGGGGCGCCUUGUCCCCCUCCCGGAUCUACUACUUCUUCUUCCGUUACGAUGGCCGCCGCCGCCGCCGCUGGUGCAGCAGGAAGAGAGUUGUUGGUGAUAUCACCAACAGAAGAAGUAAUAGACGGAGGAAUCAUGGCUUUGGGAUGGACAAGAGGGGUGUGUGAGUGCUGGCAAACGUGGCUCAAACAUUCGCUCCUCGGCAUGAUUGUUUCUUGCCUGAUUGCCGCGGUGGCCAUGGGCGGGUGCAGCUGGUGGCUGAUUGGGUUGCAAAAGUACAAAAACGAGAUUUACGGGCCGUGGGACCCGGCGAGGCCGAUUAUUAUUAGUAGACGGUAUUACGAUGAUGAAUGAAACGGACACUUUCUUGUUGUUGUUGUAUAAAGGGAUGGGUUUGGUAGAUUCAGAAUAGAUAAUGUUUCUCUUGUUUUUGGGUAUAUAAAGCUAGAUUGGAUCCGCGAUAUCAUGCGUUUGUUGUAUGGUCUAAUGGAGGUUGUAUGAUGAAAGUGAAGUGGAAGACAUGUGUGGUGGUGGUGGUUUGCAUCCUUCCUGACAAUGAACAUCAUAAAGACAAAUCAUAUCACCCACACUUUCACAUGCCACUCAUG